AUGACGUUGAUGUUUUCUGUGACUUCAAAAGCUAUACAAAAGGUACUUUCAACUGGAAAUGUUUACCUAUCAAGGCAUUUUUUCAAAGGAGACUCUUUAAUAUCUCGAAUAACCGGCCACCAAAAAGAUCUGUGGGAUUUAUAUAAUGAAGUGGUUUAUCCACCUCUGCCCACAGUUUCAACAAUCAACAAUCAUAAUUCAGAUAACUUGCGACCUGGUGAAGUUACGCACCGAAGAGAAGAUAUUUUAUACAGUCAGAAGAAACUGUGGUUUCUAGCACAUUUAAUUCGUGGGCGAUCAGUGGAUGAUGCUUUUGCUCAGUUGGGAUUUCGUCCUGAAAAAGGAGCUAGAAUUCUUGAAGAGGUGUUGGAGGAGGCAAUAGAAUCUGCAGUGAAAGAACAUGAUUUUGAAUUCUGUACAAAAAUUUGGAUAGAGUCAGUGCGCAUCUCACGUGGUCGAAUGGUUCCUCGUUUGUAUAAGGGGUUGAGAAGUGUAGCAUAUGCAAUAAACUUCCAUUACACAAAUUUAUACAUGCGUUUAAGAGAAGGUGAUCCUCCGAAAAUGUACCAUCCAAGUCAAGUCAAGAAUGUAUGGACUCCUUCUGCAACUUGUCCACCAGAGGGCAGAAAUUGGGGUUCAACGCGAGAGAUGGUACAUCGUGAGAUCGAAAGACUGCGUAGUCGACGCAUAAAAGGCGAAUUGUAAUUAGUUCCGAAUCUUCUAUCAAAAUAUGCCGAUCCAUAAAACUAUUCACUCGUGCAAAUUUACACAUCAUUCACCGUUCGAGCUCAGGAAAUAUGAGUGUAUUCUAAGAGUUCUGUACUGCUCAGAACUGUUAGUGAAAAUUAGAUAUCAAGUUCAUUCUUGAGAUGCCGCCAAC